AUGGCAGCAGUAACAGCGCCAGCGCCGCUCGAGCUGGGCGUCGUGGAGGAAAAGGGCUCGUCCCUAUCCUUCCUUACAGACAAUGCAAUCACUGCCACCAUCAAUGAGACAUACGCCUCGCUAGCAGCGAAACGAAAAGCUAUGGGCUUGACAAACCCUGGGACCGUAGAAGGAAUAAGCCGAGAAGUGCAGAGAGAUGUUUUACUCACAAACCACAUGUUCUCCGGCCUGCGAUGCGACGUACAGAAACUCUUCAGUCUCAACCCUCUUUUCCGGUUACAGCAUGGCUUCGCCAUGGGAUCGCAAGCCUUGCCGCCGUGGCAGCUGAUGUGCAUCUAUGGCACCAACCGGGUCUUCAUGCAGGGCGCAUACUCUGGUGACGGUUCAGUGACGGCCUGGGGUAACCUACGAUGGACCGAUCGCUUCGUCACGAAGACGCAAGCGCAAAUUGAUCCCCGGCAAAGUCAGACAAUGGUCCAAUUCGAUAAUGAGUACACUGGCGAAGAUUUCUCUCUGUCCGUUAAGGCUAUCACGCCAGGCAUUAUGGAAGGCGGUCUGACCGGUAUCUUCAUCGGUCAAUACCUACAAUCAAUAACGCCCAAGCUCGCCCUCGGUAUCGAAGGGGUCUUCCAACGAGCAACACUGGGGACGAAGCCCGAGACCGCAGCCUCCUACUGUGCAAGAUACAAGACAGACGACUGGAUCGCAAGUGGUCAGAUCCUGGCGGCUGGACAAGUCAAUGCUUCAUACUGGCGUAAACUCACAGACAAAGUGGAAGCCGGAGUCGACUGUAAUCUGCAGUUCAUGCCUGGCAUGGGCUCUGCCAUGUUCGGCGGCCCUUCAAGAGAAGGCAGCACCACACUUGGUCUUAAGUACAACUUCCAAGCAUCGGUCUACAGAGCGCAAGUCGACAGUGCCGGGAAACUCGGCGUUGUCUUGGAGCGUCGUGUUGCACCACCCGUCACCCUGACCUUCGCCGCUGAGAUUGAUCAGGUCAAGAACACACACAAGCUGGGCCUUGCAGUUUCGAUAGACGGUGCACCGGAAGAGCUCGAAGAAAUUUCGCAGCGCAUCGAACCUGCACAGCCACCAUACUAA